ACUUGCGAAAGAAACGAUCCGAGGCGUAUACAGAAAGUAUAAGUAGACGUUCCGUGUUGGACUCAAACAGAACAAAACAAAACCAAACCCUAAUUUCAAUUCCAUCCACAACCAGACAGAGACAUACCCUCUUUCGUUUGCCCAGCCACUUCAAUCAUUCAUAGAUAUCAAUCACUCUUCUAAUUUCGUCAUGGCCAAAUCCUCCUUCAAGCUUCAACAUCCUUUGGAAAGAAGGCAGGCUGAAGCUGGUCGCAUUAAAGAAAAAUAUCCUGAUAGAAUACCUGUGAUUGUGGAGAAAGCGGAAAGAAGUGACAUUCCUGACAUUGAUAAGAAAAAAUACCUCGUCCCUGCUGAUUUAACUGUUGGCCAGUUUGUUUAUGUUGUCCGCAAAAGAAUCAAGCUCAGUGCAGAGAAGGCUAUAUUUGUUUUCAUCAAUAACACUCUACCUCCAACUGCCGCAUUGAUGUCUGCUAUUUAUGAGGAAAAUAAGGAUCGAGAUGGUUUUCUUUACAUGACUUAUAGCGGAGAGAACACCUUCGGAUCCCACUAGUCAUAAUGCAUCUUAACUUCUGUAAAUAGCUCCUGCAAAUUAUUAUUUUCCUGCACCCAAUUGUCAAUGCAUGGCUUAUUGAGUAUUGUUAUGCUACAUUUGAAUAUGUUUCUUAUAUUUAAAUAAUUAUUUGGUUACCCCGCAUUUGAA